AUGGCCACUCCAACACGACUCGCCAAGUCGGUCCUACGGCGGAACCCCUUACUCUCCUUCCUCUCGCGCGAAUCCCCGUCCUCGAUCAACUCGAUCGCGGCCGUCGCAGGACCGUCCACCUCCACCUCGACGGCUUCCUUCCUCCCCUACACCUCGUCCAACCCCUCCGUGCCCUCCCCCUUCUCCCCGACCAAGAAAUCCGGCGAUUCCAGACAGUGGAACGCGCCCAAAUACUCGCUCCGACGCCAAAAGAAGCUCUUCGUCUCCGCCGUCCAACAAGGCUACGACCCUGCCUCCCUCCUCCCGCCGCCGCACAAGAACCAUCAACCCAAACCGACCAGACCUCUCCUCAAGUUCAAGAGCUCGCCCUUCAUUCCCGAGACGAGCGUGUUGGAUCAGGUCGGCUUGACCAAGAUGGGGCCGUACAAGGGCAGGAAAGCGUUGGCGUUCAAGGGCAAGAUUUGGGAGAGGAACAAGCAACAACGCCUGAAUCAGCUCGAGACCUUGUUGCAAGCUUCGCCCGUGAAGGAACGCACUUGGAGAGAUGUAAGUUCUGUCCAUGUAAAGCUUGUCUCCUAGCAGGCCGCUGACCGCUGACGCCAUUUCUUUCUCUGGGUGCGCGUGCGCCCACCAGGGGUUGAAGUCCGAAAAGAAAAAGGGCAAGGCUGCUUUGUAG